AUGCUAAGGUGUGCUACUAAUAGAAAGCACAUAUUAACCAUUGAUUCAGUUGAUUUUCCAAAACAUACACAUACAAUACAGUCUAUAAGCAAUGAUGUCGAACGCUACUGGGGUAAAGAAGUAACAUUAUCUGGAUGGAUCGAUAAGAAACCGAAAAAAAUUAGUAAAAAUAUAGCAUUUGCAACAUUAAGGGAUUUUGAAGGAAACUUUACACAGAUUGUUACAACUGAUCCUGAAUUUGCUUCUAAAUUAAGAUCAUCCCAAGUGGAAGACUGUGUUUCCAUUAAAGGUAUAAUUGAGAAUAGACCUUCAAGAAAUGAAACUGAUGGUAUUAGAUGGGAUUUGAAGAUUCAAGAUUAUACCCUACUUAACUCAAGUGAUAUUCUAGCGUCUCAAUUGGAAUCUUUGAAAAGUAGUCCAAAUUCAUUUCCACAACAGCAUAGAUAUCUUCAACUGAGAUUACCAUUUUUCCAAAAUGCGUUGAAAUCUCGUGCAAAAGCAUCACAAAUCAUUAGAGAUAAUUUGAAUAGUUUAUCAUUUACAGAAGUUGAAACACCAUUAUUAUUCAAGUCAACACCAGAAGGUGCAAGGGAAUUCUUAGUUCCUACUAGAAAAGAAUCAUCAUUUUAUGCUUUACCACAAUCACCACAACAAUAUAAACAAUUGUUAAUGGCUAGUGGUGUAAAAAAUUAUUUCCAAAUUGCUAAAUGUUUUAGAGAUGAAGAUCUUAGAGCUGAUAGACAACCUGAAUUUACACAAGUUGAUUUAGAAAUGUCAUUUGCUAAUGCUCAAGAUGUACAAAAAAUCGUUGAAAGUUCUGUUAAAAAAGUGUGGAAGGAAGUUGGCACUGAAGAGAUUGUUACUAUCAACAAGAAGGGUGAUAUUGUCAAUGGUGAUUUUAUCCAUCUAAGUUAUAAUGAAGUUCUAUCAAGAUACGGUAUUGACAAACCAGAUCUUAGAUCAACAGUGGAAAUACAAGAUCUAAGUGAUUUCGCUAAAGCUAUCGAAGAUGAUAAAUUCCCGGUAUUUGAAGUUUGUGUAUUGAAGAAUGCAUUCGAACAGAACUCUAAACCCAAACUACCAAAAUCAUUAUUUGACUCGAAUGAAUACAGAAAUAGAAAACCAAUAAUUGUCCCAAUCAAGGCAGAAUCUGAUAUCAAUGAUUGGUAUACCAAAAUGUCAUCUAUCGCUAAUAUUCAUGAUCUUGAAGGUUUACAACAGAAAUUAAACUUACAAGUUGGUGAUAUAAUUGCUGGAUCAACUCGUUCAAGAUUAACAUAUGAAAAUCCAACACCAUUAGGUCGUUUUAGACAACUUUCAAUCUCAGAAUUUCCUGAUAAGUGGAAAAGAUCAAAUAACAAAUUUAUUGGUGCAUGGAUUGAAGAAUUCCCAUUAUUCAACCCAUCUGAAGAAUCAACAUCAGUAAAGACACAAUAUCCAAUUUAUGAUUAUGAAAAAUUAGAAUCAACACAUCAUCCUUUCACAAUGGUCAAUCCGGAAGAUUAUGAAUUUUUGGAAACUGAUCCGUUAAAAGCUAAAGGUGAACAUUAUGAUUUAGUUUUAAAUGGAGUUGAAUUAGGUGGUGGAUCAAGAAGAGUUCAUGAUGUUGAAAUUCAAAGAUAUAUCUUUACAGAAAUUUUAAAAAUUUCCAAACCAGAUGAGUUGUUUGGUCAUUUAUUAAAAGCUUUAAGUUUAGGAUGUCCACCUCACGCAGGUUUUGCAAUUGGAUUUGAUAGGUUAUGUGCAAUGUUAAUUGAAAGUCCAAGUAUAAGAGAUGUCAUUGCAUUCCCAAAGACUCAAAAUGGUGUUGAUCCUGUUGUCGAAAGUCCAAGUGAUGUAUCAAAUGAAGUUUUGGAACAGUACCAUAUUAGCAAGUUGAAAUAG